AUGGCACCAACAAUGACUAGACAGAUUACCUACUCUGAGCAGCACCUCUCACUUACUAAGGUAAAGAAGCCAGCUGUGGAGAAGAUGCGCAGGGAUCGCAUCAACACCAGCAUCGAGCAGCUCAAGUCCCUCCUGGGUCCUGAGUUCCUCCUGCAGAAGCCUGACUCCAAGCAGGAGAAGGCUGACAUCUUGGAGAUGACCGUCUAUUUCCUGAGCCGACAGCAGCAGGCAGGAAGUUCCUCCACCGUGGCAGCCAAUGGGGGCUACUCUCACUGUGUGCAGGAGGCUGUCAGCUUCCUGUUGCAGUGUGAGGUGAAGACACAGUCCCACAGCAGGCUGCUGAGCCACUUCCAGAGCCUGCAGACAUCCAGCCAACAUAGCCAGGCUCCCAGGUCCUUAUCCCCGCUGGGCUCCCCAGUCCACCAGGCCACCACCAAGGGUGUGCUGAGACCCAUCUCCCAUCCACUCUGGAGGCCCUGGUAG